AAGAAGGGAGAGGCCCCUUGCCGGGGUCUCUGUGGAGCUGUGGCCGCGCCGGCUUGGAGCAUCCCUGCGCUGGCAGGCUGGGGGACUGUGAGGCUGCAUCUCCGGCGGCCAGCUCCGGAGAGGACAUGUCCAAUGAUGAUGAGGCAGCGGCAGAGGCAGCGGGUGACACCCACCUACUUGGCUUCUCUGAUGAGAUCCUCCUACAUAUCCUGAGCCACGUCCCCAGCACAGACCUGGUUCUCAAUGUGCGGCGUACCUGCCGGAAGCUCGCAGCCCUGUGUCUGGACAAGAGCCUGGUGCACACUGUGCUACUGCAGAAGGACUACCAGGCCAGUGAGGAGAAGGUGAAGCAGCUGGUGAAGGAGAUUGGCCGGGAGAUCCAGCAGCUGAACAUGGCAGGCUGCUAUUGGCUGCCCGGCUCCACCAUCGAGCACGUGGCCCGCUGUCACAGCCUGGUGAAGGUGAACUCGUCAGGUUGUCACCUCACCUCGCUGCGGCUGUCCAGGGUGCUCUCCUGCCUGCAGCGCCUGCGCUCACUGGCCAUCGACGUGAGCCCUGGCUUCGACGCCAGCCAGCUGAGCAGUGAGUGCAAGGCCACGCUGAGCCGCGUGCAGGAGCUCAAGCAGACGCUCUUCACACCGUCCUACGGCGUGGUGCCCUGCUGUGCCAGCCUGCAGAAGCUGCUGCUGUACUUCGAGAUCCUGGACCGCACCCGUGAGGGCGCCGUCCUCUCCGGCCAGCUCAUGGUGGGCCAGAGCAACGUGCCCCACUACCAGAACCUGCGUGUCUUCUACGCACGCCUGGCCCCUGGCUACAUCAACCAGGAGGUGGUAAGGCUCUACCUCGCUGUGCUCAGCGACCGCACGCCUGAGAACCUGCAUGCCUUCCUCAUCUCCGUCCCCGGCAGCUUCGCAGAGAGCGGGGCCACCAAAAACCUGCUGGACUCCAUGGCCCGCAACGUGGCCCUAGAUGCCCUGCAGCUGCCCAAGUCCUGGCUGAAUGGUUCCACCCUCCUCCAGCACAUGAAGUUCAACAAUCCCUUCUACUUCAGCUUCAGCCGGUGUACGCUGUCAGGCGGUCACCUGAUCCAGCGACUCAUCAAUGGGGGGAAGGACCUGCGUAGCCUGGCCAGCCUCAACCUCAGCGGCUGCGUGCACUGCCUGUCCGCGGACUCAUUGCUGCGGAAGGCCGAGGACGACAUCGACAGCAGCAUCCUCGAGACUCUGGUGGAGUCCUGCUGCAACCUGCAUCACCUCAAUCUCUCAGCCGCCCAUCACCACAGCUCUGACGGCCUGGGCCGCCACCUCUGCCAGCUCCUGGCUCGGCUCUGCCACCUGCGCUCCCUGUCCCUGCCUGUCUGCUCUGUGGCCGACUCGGCACCCAGGCCUGACCGUGCGCCUGCCCCGCCAGCCAUGCAUGCAGUACCCCGUGGAUUUGGCAAGAAGGUGCGCAUUGGGGUGCAGACCUGUCCCAACCCCUUUGUGGGCCAGUCGGCCCCACAGCCUGCCUCUGUGUUUUGGUCUCUGCUGAAGAAGCUCCCAUUUCUGGAGCACCUGGAACUGAUCGGGUCCAAUUUCUCCUCAGCCAUGCCCCGCAAUGAGCCAGCCAUCCGCAACUCCCUCCCGCCCUGCAGUCGGGCACAGAACGUGGGGGACUCAGAGGUGGCCGCCAUUGGCCAGCUGACCUUCCUGCGGCACCUGACACUAGCCCAGCUGCCAGGCAUGCUGACGGGCUCUGGACUAGUGAGCAUUGGCCUACAGUGCCAGCAGUUGCAGUCCCUGUCGCUGGCCAACCUGGGCAUGAUGGGAAAGGUGGUGUACAUGCCUGCUCUUGCCGACAUGCUGAAGCACUGCAAGCGUCUGAAGGACCUGAGGCUGGAGCAGCCCUAUUUCAACGCCAACGCACAGUUCUUCCAGGCCCUGGGCCAGUGCUCCUCUCUGCAGCGCCUGUGCCUGGUGUCGCGCAGUGGCACUCUGCAGCCCGAUGCCGUGUUGGCCUUUAUGGCCCGUUGCCUGCAGGUCGUCAUGUGUCACAUGUUCACCGGAGAAUCCCUCACCACCUGCAAGAGCCUACAGCAGUCGCUCCUCCGGAGUUUCCAGGCCGAGAGACCCGCGUUGAACGUCGUCAUCUUCCCUCUGCUCCACGAGGGCCUGACAGAUGUUAUCCGAGAUGUCCCCAUGGUGCACCUGGACGAGAUCACCUUAUUCAAAAGCAGAGUGGCCGAGGAACCCCCGAACCUGUGGUGGUGAGAGGGGCCCCCCUGGCACCGCCCCGCCCAUCGCUCCUGCUGGCAGAGACUUUUGCAGACAGUGGGUCCUUGUCGGGACAGGAAGAAAGUUUCCGGUUCUCCUGAGACAUUCACCCCAGUCCCCUGGGUUUUUCUCUCAUUCUUCGGAGUGCUCAGUGACAAGAAGUAAUCUGGUGAGCCAUGGAUGAAAGGGCAGUGGAUGAGCCAGGCUGGCCUUCAGGGGCUGGCCAUGCUCCUGGGGGCUGUGUGGGCUGCGAGCCCCGGGCUUCGGCCUGCUUCAGCCUGGGGACUGUCCCCUGCACCUUUGUCCGUGGUCAUCUACAGGUGAGCUCAGUAAUGUGACUGUACCCACAUGGAGUCAGGGUGGGCCAGGCUGUCACUGUGAAAUGACAUUUGUGAGCCUGUGGCUCCUUUUCCUAUUGAGAUACAUUUAGGGCGUGGUCCAGUGGCAGAGUACUCGCCUCGUGCACGUGAGACCCUGGGUUCCAUCCCCACCACAAAGAAAAACGUGUUUUAGCCCA